AUGGCCAGGGGCAGAAGCAGAGCAUUACCAAGGCCCUGUGAUAUCAGGGACAGUAGGCCUGUCAAGUCUGGCAGCUCAGCUCAGGCCCCUCAGUCUGUCAGAGGUCCAGCUGGUGACGGCCCGAGUCUGACCACAGUCAAGGCCUCUCCAGCCCACAUCCCACGUAUCAUCUCUUCAGAUGAUGACAAGCAGGACAAAAGCUCCUCUGUGCCGCAGAGGAAAGAGAAGAUAGUCCCAGAGCUGUGGUCCGUGUUUGAAGUUUGUCAGUUCCUGAGGACCAAUGAUUGUGGAGCUUACUGUGACAGUUUCAGUAAGAAAAAUAUUGAUGGCCCAAAAUUCCUGACGCUGACUAAAGAGCAAAUUGUGAACCUGACAGGGAUGGAAGUUGGGCCAUCGUUGAAGAUUUACGAUCUGAAUCCAGCAGCUUAAAGUGCGAGUGUCAGAACAGGAUCCAACCUGACACAUGACACUGAAGAGUCUACAAAGGGGAGACUACCCUGUAACUGUUCACGCUCCGUUCUAGUCUUUGGAUAACAUCAGCAUGGAAGUGCAUAUCUUUGGUGCAUUUGUAUUGUAUGGAGCUUCCAUUCUGACUUACUCAGCUGUGUAAAGCCAGGUUGAUGUUUGAUACACUGUGGACAGUUAACACUUGUUUAAUAGGCAGCUUUUGUAACUUGUUCUGUGCUUGAGUUAUUAUUAAUUAUUGUGUACAUAGAAACAUUGAUAACAAGGUAUUGUUACGUGCGUGGGUGCAAUGUUAAGUCCUGGAUGUAUACUAAUGGAAGGAAAAUUGUUAAGUAUCAGUAGCUUUUGUUACUAUCUUUGCAUGUGUUUGUUGAAAAAACUCUCAUGAAAGUGGUCAGUUUUUGUAUGGAUAUUACAGUAGUGUUUAAGUUUAGCAGUAGAUGCUUGUAGAUGAUGCAUUAAGAUUAGCUCUCAUUUAUAACAUUGUGAUUGUUUAUGAUCCAGCCUAAGGCUCAUCUUGUCAUCCCAGGCAUUUGUGACAAGUACACAUUAUUUAUCUUCCUUCAUGCCACCUUAAACAGCGUUGACAUUUUACCAUUUUGUAAAUUAUCCUUUAUAUCACCACCUUCCUUGUCUGAUUUAUUAUGCUGUGAAAGCACUAAACCCAACGAUGCAAGUGAGGAUUUAGGAGUUCAGCUAGAGAGGUUUGUGGACAAAAGCUGUUGGUGUUAUGGUACAUGCAGCUGUUUUAGAAUUGAGGAAUGUUUUCAACUUGGCAAAUACACCCUCUGUUGCUCCCACUGAUAAACUUGAAUGGCCUGAAUGUAUGUGUUUUUCACAGUGUUUUUUUUCAUACAAUAGUCUGCAUCUCAUGAGUGAAGUCCAGUGAUGUAUAGUGGGCACUAAUCUCCAUCUUGGCAGACAAGAACACGUUAUCAAGCAUGGAAUUAUUGAUGUUUGAUAAAUGCACUUGUGUGUCCAUCUCCGUCUCUUUUAGUUUUUGGAAUUGCAGUACAUGAUGGCAUUAAGAUUGUUAAAUUUCCAAACUUUGUUUGAAAACCAACCUUGUAGACUUGUCCUUGGUCAGUGAUCAGUAGUGUUGAGGUGAUUUAGUUGACACAGUGCACAUACUUCAUUUGUUUAUAAUAGACAUCAGGGAGUUGUAUCCAGGAGAAAGUCUCUCAGCUGGUAACAUAAUUGAUCAUUAUAUGUAGAUCUAUAUAUAGGUAUUGCCAAAGACUCGUGUUAUGAUCUGAGAUUUUUUUUUUUUUUACAAGAAUCAUGUUCUAAUAUAAUCAUGUAUGAAUAUCUGUACGAGUUGUUAUUCAUUGGUUAGAUUAACCAUUUUUUGUAAUGUAGGGGCGUAUUACACAUCGGAAUAGACCAUGCAUUUGUUAAUCUUAAUAAUCCUGUACAUGUAUUUAGAUGGAACUGGCUCAGAAGUGAUGACACUUUUGGUUACAUGUAGAGGGCAUGAUCUGUGGAGAAAAACGAUGUGACAUGUUCUUCUCAUACCUGAUUUGACGUGGAGGAGAUGAAAAUAAAUUGUGUCUUACACUUUGCCAGCGGUUAUGACUUCAUCACUGCUUUGUGCACGCUGUAUUCUGGAAAACUGUCCUGAAUCUUCAUCCUUAUGUAUGAAGCGUAAAGACUUGUUUUUGUAACUACACAGUGUUACUGAGCAAUACAUGUAUUGUGGUGUUUCCAACACCCAUUAUCCUGUACAUACUUGUAAUUAAUCUCAUAGUUUGUACAAUAACUACAUACAAAUUGGUGUACAGUGUGUACUGGACGUGACUGCAGCAUUUACCUGUCUUACAGAUGUUGUCUUCCUGUAUGUACCAGUGUAAAACAUGUCUGUGUACUUGUAAACCAUGUGGUCAUUGGAGCACAUGGAAUGAGCCAUUCAUUAUGACUAAGUCAAAUCAGUCCUCGCUACAUUAUGGCGGAAAUACUGCUAAUGUAGCAUUAAACCCCAAGCGUUCAUUCAAAUGACACCUUUAUCACAGUGCUGUCAUGUUUAGUAUGCGUCAGGGAGGAACCUCUCCUGUCAAAGCUUUUGCUCCAGUGCAGCAAUUACAGAGACUUGACAGUACAGGGGCAUAUAGAUGUGAAUGUCUUUACUAGUCAUGCUCUCUGUACAGCAUAGAUUCCCAUAUGAGCAAAAUAACCUGUUUGGCAUAAUUUUGAAACUCAGUGUGUAAUGGGGACCAACCUUAAGCUUUUGAGUGAGCGAGUGGGUGCUUGGGGUUUAACGUCGUACUCAACAAUUUUUCAGUCAUAUGACCACAAAGGAGUCCUUAAGAGUGCAUGUAAUGUACCUCCUUGUUGCAGGACAGAUUUCCACCGCCCUUUUAUCUCUAGGCUUUUGUUGAAAGUACCCUAAUUCUUCUAAUUUUUGUGACAUAUUCGUAGUGCUGAAAGGAGAUUAUUACAUUUCUUUCCCAGCAUUUUGGAAAAGUAAAGAUAUUAAAAUGUUGUUCAUUAGAUGGUCUAACCAUGUGAAAAAAAAAAAAAAAAAGAAACUAAAUAUUCAUGCUACUGUAAAAUGUCUUGGCUAAAACGAGCAGACCAGGUGUCCAAAAAAUUGGUCCUGCCCUUCAAAGUAUUCUACAAAAAUCCUGUAGCAGCCGUAAACUCUGUUUAAUGGUAACGGAGGACAGCUUGUAUUUAAGAAAUCAUUUUACUCAAAUCAUGAAGAUCUGUAUUAAGGGGUGAUGUGGGAUAAAUUAAAGCGUAAGUAUAUAAAUGUUGUACUAGCAGCUUUAAUGCAUAUGUGUUUUGGCACUCUAGGUGUUGGACUCCCAAAGUGGUGUAUGUUACUGCUUGUUUUUUCUACCAAUAGUGGUGUAUGUUACUGCUUGAUUUGUCUACCAAUAAUGGUGUAUGUUACCACUUGGUUUGUCUACCAAAAGUGGUGUAUGUUACUGCUUGGUUUGUCUACCUAUGCUUCUUUUGUCUAUCAAUGCUUGGUUUGUCUACCAAUAGUGGUGUAUGUUAAUGCUUGGUUUGUCUACCAAUAAUGAUGUAUGUUAAUGCUUGUUUGUCUACCAAUCUCCUGACAGAACGCACAAUUCUAACCCCAAUAAAUCAGUGUUCU